AUGCCGUCCUGGAAAGAGUUCCUCCAGCGCAUCGAAGUCAAGCAGAAGGACGACGAAGCCGAGGUCUGGCAGAACAACCGUUGGCUCAAUCGUGACAAUGUCCCCCUCCCCGCCCACCGCCGCCUCUGGGGCUUCUGGACCUACUCUGGUCUCUGGGUCCUCACCAGCAUGAACGUCAGUGGCCUCUCCUCCGGCGCCAGUCUUCUGGGACUUGGUCUCACCGUCGGCGAGGCCAUGGCCGUCGUCGUCGUGGGCCAGGUUCUCAUCGCCAGCCUCAUGGUCGCCACAGCCAGUAUCGGCGCCUACUGGCACGUCUCGUUCCCCAUGUGGAACCGUGUCGUGUGGGGCAUGAUCGCUGCCUACUUCCCUCUCCUCAACCGCAUCAUCCUCUCUAUCACCUGGAACGCCACCCAGGGUUGGUUUGGCGGCCAGUGUCUCAAGGUCUUCCUCGGCUCCAUGUUUCCAAGCAUUUACCACAUGAAGAACACCCUCCCGGCCUCAACGUACAUGGUAAAUGCCGACUUUAUGUGUUUCGCCCUCUUCACCGCCCUUUGCAUCCCGCUCAUUCUCAUCCCUCCUGAGCGUAUCCGUAUCCCGGUCAUGGCCGGAGCCUGUAUGGCUCUUGUGGCCAGUACCUGUCUUUUCAUUUGGUCGCUUGCCCGAGCACAUGGAGCCGGGCCCCUGCUCACAACCGAGGGACUUGCCCUUCUCAAGGUUCCCCGCGCCACCGGAUCCGCCAAGGCAUGGGCUGUCCUGUAUGGCAUCUCCGCUCAAGCAGGCUCGCUCUGUGCCGGUAUCCUCAAUCAGUCCGACUACUCGCGUUUCGCAGGCCGCCCGAGACAGCCCUUCAUGGCCAUCGGUAUCGUUGCGCCCAUUUGCGGUAUUCUCACCUGCUUCAUGGGUAUUGCCAUGGCCUCGGUCGCUGCUCAGUUCUACCCUAAACAGGGCCUCAUCUGGACCAUCUAUGUUCUGCUCCAGACGAUCCAGGAAAACGGUGGCCCCGGAGCCCGAGCUGCCGUCUUCUUUGCCGGCUUUGCUUUCACCUGCUCGCAGCUCGGUAUCAACCUCACCGGCAACCUCUACUCUGGCGGCGUGGACCUUACCUCCAUCUGGCCCAGGCAUCUCAACAUUCGCCGUGGCGCCUACCUAACUCUGGCUCUGUCGGUUGCCAUGUGCCCGUGGUCGCUUCUCUAUGGCUCGAACGCCUUCCUCUCGGUCAUGGGCGGCUACGGUGUCUUCCUUGGCCCUAUCACCGGCAUCAUGGUCUUUGACUACUUCCUCGUCCACAAGCGCAAGGUCAAGCUCACAAACUUGUACGAGUGUUCCCCCUCGUCGAUUUACUACUACUACAAGGGUGUCAACUGGAGGGCCCCGGUUGCGUGGGCCUGCGCGGUCGGGCCCAUUCUCCCGGGUUUCAUCGCACACGUUGACAAGUCGAUCAUUGUGCCAGCUGGCAUUACCAAGCUGUACUACCUCUGCUACCCCUUCGUCUUCACUACCGCGGGCGUGGUCUACUUUGCGCUCUGCACAAUUUUCCCCGUCCCCGGCGUGGGCGAGGUGGACGAGUACGACGUGUUUGGCACAUUCGGCGACGCCGAGUCUGCGCCAGAGGGCACCACCCCGGUGGAUAAGGAAGACGCCACUGUCAACGUCGUACCUGUCAACGAUAGGGCGACCUUUGUGGUCUAA